GGUGGCUGGGGAUCAGGCCUGGUGCUUGUCGCAGCUUCGCUUACGUCCGUGUUUCUAUCAGGGCCGUCGCCAUGCCAAGGGUGGACGCGGACCUCAAGCUCGACUUCAAAGAUGUCCUCUUCAGACCCAAGAGGAGCAGCCUGAAGAGCAGAUCUGAGGUGGACCUGCAGAGAACCUUCACCUUCCGCAACUCCAAGCAGACGUACCAGGGCAUCCCUGUCAUCGCAGCCAACAUGGACACCACGGGCACCUUCGAGAUGGCGCGGGCGCUGAGCAAACACACGCUCUUCACCACCAUCCACAAGCACUACUCCCUGGACGAGUGGAAGAAGUUUGCAGCCGAGUCUCCGGAGUGUUUGGAGCAUGUAGCCGCCAGCUCGGGCAGUGGCCAGGCCGACCUGGAGAAGCUGUCCAGCAUCCUGGCGGAGAUCCCGCUCAUCAAGUACAUCUGCCUGGAUGUAGCCAACGGCUACUCUGAGCACUUUGUGGAAUUCGUCCGAACCGUGCGGGAGAAGUUCCCCAACCACACCAUCAUGGCUGGCAAUGUGGUGACUGGGGAGAUGGUGGAGGAGCUUAUUCUCACUGGUGCUGACAUCAUCAAAGUGGGCAUCGGCCCAGGUUCCGUGUGCACCACCCGUAUCAAGACGGGUGUGGGCUAUCCUCAGCUCAGUGCCGUCAUCGAGUGCGCCGACUCUGCCCACGGCCUCAAAGGACACAUCAUAUCUGACGGAGGGUGCAGCUGUCCGGGGGAUGUGGCUAAAGCUUUUGGUGCGGGUGCUGACUUUGUGAUGCUGGGUGGGAUGCUGGCGGGACACGAUCAGUGUGCUGGUGACACCAUCGAGAGGAACGGCAAGAAGAUGAAGCUCUUCUACGGCAUGAGCUCGGAAACAGCAAUGAAGAAGUAUGUUGGAGGAGUGGCCGAGUACAGGGCCUCGGAGGGCAGGACCGUGGAGAUUCCCUACCGGGGGGAUGUGGAGAACACGGUCCGGGACAUCCUGGGGGGGCUGCGCUCCACCUGCACCUAUGUGGGGGCUGCCAAGCUGAAGGAGUUGAGCCGCCGCACCACCUUCAUCCGAGUCACGCAGCAGUCCAGCAACAUGUUCAACUAAUCUCACACACAAACACACACACAAACAC